AUGAGUGGUUCGACCGCACAAAUGCCCAGUUUGCAUCCGUCCGCGGGACUGCGUGCGGUUCCCAGCACCUCAAUGCAUAUCGGCCCGUCCGAUACUGUACCGGAUUUGUACGGUCGACUCGUGACUGAUGACAAAGAACCCACCCCGGAAGAACGAUUCAGUGACUUCCUCACAUUACAAAGUGAACGCUGUUUGACCACACCGCAAACUUCCGCAUGUGGUUCGCUCUCCGCAUACGACUGGAACCCGUCUAAUCCGGAUCAUUUGAAUAAAACUCCGUCACAUCGUGUGAACACACUAAACGGUUUGUUGGCCAUACAUUUGGUCGCUGGUAAUGGGCUGAGUUCAUCCCAGAUCCUGUUACGUGACCUCUAUUGUGUGAUUGAAAUGGAUUCCAUACGAAAAGCUCGUUCAAUGAUUCGGACCAGUACAAGCUAUUUUGAAUGGAAUGAGGUAUUUGAACUGGAUUUAGAAGAUAACCGAUUUCUGGCCUUUCUACUCUAUCAGUGGGAUCCACGAACCAAACAUCGGUUGUGUUUCUAUGGUGGUAUUGAUUUACGCAACCUGGUCAAUCGGUUAUCUGCUUUGCAAACUGGAGUAAAAUCUCAUACAAAUUGUCAUGUGCUUCUUAGUCCCGCUUUAAAUAUUGUCCCCGCAAAGUUUGAUAAAAUUGCAUUACAACUCGAACCGCGAGGAGUAUUGUACUUGGAAUUCAGCUACUAUCCAAUUGAGAAGAUUUUUCAUCGCUAUCAAUCCCCGGUGGCUGCUAGUAUGUCACCUCCCUCGGUGAGUGAUGAUGUUUUGUUCGGUGUGGAUAUUGACGAACUAAUGGAACGAGAAAGGAUUGUGGCCGAACUCUCCGAUUGUCGUUUUCCCACUACAGUCGGUGGUGGCUCCAGGCCGGGAUCGAAUUGUGUCUACAUACCCCUGUUUAUUCGCAAGUGUAUAGAGGAAAUUGAUCGCCGAGGUACCGAGGUUGUCGGUAUCUAUCGACUGGCCGGAUCGGUGUGGAUGAAGCUGCAAGUGCGCGAAUUGUUCAAUCGUGUAACACGAACCACACUACGAGCAAUUUUCCACGGGGACAGAAAAGCACUGGAGGGAAUUACCGGGUCCAUUGAUUUAUCACCUGAACGAGUACCGGAUAUUCAUGCAAUUACAGCCCUAUUCAAAGAUUUUCUGCGCGAACUUCCCGAGCCCCUUUUUACCAGUGCACUCUAUCCUAUGUUCUACGACGCUAUGCAAGUCACACUGCCUGGAUUUGCGCAAAGUGGAGCCAAGCUGAUGCUGAAUAUCCUUGAUUGUCUACCAACAAACAACCAGGUUCGUACCCUAAGAACAUGCUUUUGUUUAGCCUUGUGUGUGUAG